AAAGAAUCACUGAUAUUUAUACAAUUGAAACAAUUGAAACAAUUGAACAAAAGAAAUAAAGAAAACGCAGUCCAAACAGAGCCCCUUGAAAAUUUCACCCUAUCGGUAAAAACUAUCACAUUAUCUAGUGAUGUAGAUAAGAUAAUUACUUUUCCGCAUUUUUAUCAGAAAAAUCACUCCUGACUCAGUGGUCAUAUGAUUUUUAAUUUUUUCUAUAAAGUUCUAUUUGAGGGAGUCAAGAGUUCGAAUCCUACCUUUGCACCUAUUUAUUGUUUAUGGGUAUUCUACUACCACUUAAUUUUAAGCAUUACCCUUACUACAUCCAAACACAAAGUUUUUCGCUAAUAACUCACGAUUGAGCGCACCAAAUCGCUUCAGAACAACUUUAAAAAAAUUGUAUUUUCUUUUUACAUUGAAUAAAAUAAUAAAAAAAUUAUCUCAUCAA